CUUACGCUAACCUCCAAUUGAAUGUUAGUUUAUUAUAACAAUUAGGAAUUUUGCUCCCACUGACAACAGAAUCGCGUCUUUGUAGCCUGGUAUUUGGAAGCUUCUCGCUCCUUGUACAAGGAACGUUUCGAGUCGCGCGCCAGUCCAGUAUAUAUUUUAACGCAAGGAACGUAAGCGAACCAGUUGCUUUCUCUGAAGUGAACUCAAGAUGGCAGAGAGUAAGGGUGCUUUACUUGCUAAAUCGGUGCAAAAACAUGCGGGAAGAGCGAAAGAAAAGAUCCUCCAGAACUUGGGGAAGGUGGACCGCACUGCAGACGAAAUUUUCGACGAGCACUUGCAGAACUUCACACGCCAGCAGAAUGCCGCAAACCGCCUGCAGAAGGAGUUCAACAACUACAUCCGCUGCGUCCGGGCGGUGCAGGCGGCGAGCAAAACCCUGAUGGACUCCCUGAACGAGAUCUACGAGAGCAACUGGACGGGCCACGACCUGCUGUACGUGCAGGCGCAGAACUGCGAGAUGCUGUGGCAGGACUUCAGCCACAAGCUGGGCGACCAGGUGCUCAUCCCGCUCAACACCUACCAGAGCCAGUUCCCGGAGAUGAGGAAAAAGAUCGAGAAGCGCGGCCGGAAGCUGGUGGACUACGACAGCCAGCGGCACAGCUAUCAGUCGCUACAGCAGAGCAACCCGAAGAAGCGCGAUGAGCUGAAGAUGGUGCGGGCACGGGAGUCCCUGGAGGAGGCGAAGCGCACCUACGAGAUGCUCAACUCGGAGCUGCACGACGAGUUGCCCGCCCUCUACGACUCGCGCGUCCUCUUCCUCGUCACCAACCUGCAGACCUUCUUCGCUGCGGAACAGGUCUUCCACUGCGAGUCCGCGAAGGUUUUCGGAGAACUGGAGGCUAUUGUGGACAAGCUAGCAACUGAAUGCCAACGCGGAUCGUACACUGUCAAGAAAAGUUCACCCAAGUCGCCCAAGAUUUCGACUAGUAAUAACAACAUGAUCCAGAGUGUACCAUCUUCACCGACAUCCAUAGGGGCUGGCGAUGACAACCAAGGCCCCCCUCCCCCCUCCCCUAGCAGCCCCCCUCCCAGUGCUCCGUCCCCGGAACCUGCGGCCGAAAACCCACCCCCCACAGCGGCUGCCCCACCGAGGGCGGAGACGGCUCCGAAAGGAGGUGACGAGCCCCACCCGCAGGUAAACGGUAACGCCAAGCCGACACCCUCCUCAGCAGUGCCGGAUGGCACGGCACCUGGCAAGAAAGUGGAAGAGCUGUACGACAUACCUGUGGGUGCUACAACCGACAACCUCCCGCCAGGGGUCCUGUACCGUGUGAAAGCGACGUACAAGUACAAUCGUGAGGACGUGGACGAGCUGUCAUUCGACGUGGGCGAGAUUAUCAGAGUCGUGGAGUACGACGACCCGGAGGAACAGGAGGAAGGCUGGCUGAUGGGCGUGAAAGAGGGUACAGGAGAGAAGGGCAUGUUCCCUGCCAACUUCACGCGGCCGCUGUGAGGUGGCCGCUGCCGCACGGAUCUGUGACGGCAGCUUCCGGCCUCGCGGCUCGGCCGGCAGUUCCUUGGCCGGCCGGUCCACUCUUGGCUCUGCUCCUGGCCCACCGCAAUCCGUUUCCCGUCACACGCAAACCUGAGAAUCUCUGCUUUACUCGAGAGGGCCUGUCUGCCUCUACACUACAUGUGACUUUCCCUGCUGCCACGGUGCAGACAAAACUGUGUAACUGGUGCAGAGUGACAUCAUUCUAUGAUUACAACUUGUUAGUCAAUUGCAGGAUGACAGAUCCUCUGAAGGUGAAGUUCUGAAAAAUGUUGGUCAGUUUUAAAAGGCAGUAUAGUUUCACUUAGUUAUUGUAUGUGUUAGAGAGAAAUAUUGUCAGACCAUUGAAUUUCUGGAGGAGAGUUCUUACUUCCUAGAGGACAAAUGUCAUGGAUGAAAAAAGAACAAGUAAGCAUACAUUUUAAUGGAGUUGUUCUUUUAGUUUUGUUUAACAUGCUCUGCCUGUAUUGGCUGCAUUCUGGUGCCGUGUUGUUAUAUUUGGCUACUCUGAAGCAACCACGGUAAAAUUUAAAUUUCCUUUAAAAAAUUUACGGCAUAUUUUAUCUUAUUUUAAUAUAAAUAUAAUUACUAUGACAGCUAUAAGUUUGCUGCAGGUUUUCUUAUAGCUGCUCACAUUGCUCAGAAUACAAAUGACACUCAUUCUUGUCUUACUGAUACUGUUGCAAGCCCACAGGCUAAGGGACUAUUCGAAUUUCUGUUUCCAUUUACUGAAGUUUUUUUUUCCCUCAAGAACAUUCUGCGAACCUCUGGGAUAUCUCUGCCACUUUUUUUGGUCUUCUUUGCCUUGUCUUGGGCAUAAAAUUGUGCCAAAUGGAAAUUACUCUUCUGAAUUUAUUUUUUUAUACAAUAGUUUAUAAGAAUAUUACUUGUAAUCAUUAUGUACUACACAAGACAAUUAUUUCUCACUAUUGUGUUUCUCUGUUAGCAUGCUGAAUUUUAUUGCUGUUGUAAAUUGUCAUUUGUGUGGUUUUUUUAGGAAUAAUCAUUUGUGAACAAACGUCGAUACAGAAUAAGACAUUUUAAACAGAGUUGUGCCGAUUUCGCUUCGGUUAUAAUUUUACCCUCGUCAAGACAAGAGCCCAGACGUGGAGCCAAGAGUGACUGUAAAAUUGUUACAUAUAUUGUAUUGUAUUUGUAGAAUCUGUAAGAGUACUUUAUCAGUGGCCUAUGUCCUGUAACACAGUUUUUGUGGCAGACACCCUCCUACCUAGGCACCUGCAUAAAGAGAGUGGGCACUCUUCGAAGCUCUUGUCAGCACGCUGCAAACCUGUCCCCAAACGUUUUCAUUCUGUCCGUCCGGAGAUACAUCGAAGUUUUCACUAUGUGCAUUUAGUACUCCUUACAGAUUUACCUGUUCAAGUUGUAAACAUUCCACUUGACCAGCAAUAAAUGAUACGGCAUGUGUUUAUCGUAAUGUGCCACUGUUGCCAAAUUGCCAUCUUUGUGAGAAAGCAUUUUAUAUGGCAGUGUUAUUAUCCUUCUUGAGAAAUUUCUUUCUUCCUGCAAUCGAGAUAACUGUGUAGAAAAAUAGAUAUUUUGUCAAUCUACCUCCUUUAUGUAACCGGGUGGAAUAUUGGAAACUACAAAAACCAAAUGUUCUCUCCAUAAUCUUGCACAACACAAAAUUGUCUCCAAAAUUUUUUCCUUCCAUCAGAAAAAGGUAUUCUGCAGGUGCCUAGCUAGGAGUUAAAACUGCCCAUAAGUGCCUUUAUUAAAUGAAAAGAGAAGAAAAGUACAUAACAAGACACUAAUUCUAUUAAUAGUCUGAAAGGAGAACGCCAGUACUUCCUAAUGUCUAUGUGACAGUAUUUAUUACACUGGAAAGUAAACACACAUAGACAGGAAAAAUUGGGGAAAUUUCUGAUCUGCUGGUUUGCUUCUUGCUUUAAGAAAUGUGGAAGCUGACCAGUUCCACUGCAUGCUCACAGUUUGUUUCAGGGAGCAUUUAUGCCAAUUUGUGUCUUCCUUUAGCUGCUACUAUCCAAUCCAUUCUCUCAGAACAGGGAAAGGUGGAUCACAGGCUUACAAUCUAAAUUGAAAUUGUUGCUCACAUUUCUGUCUUUAUUCCCACUUCCACACUUCAUGGGGAUAAUUUUACUUUUUUUUAUGUCUCCCCCUCCCCCUCCCUCUCCAUUCGGGGCACUACCUGUGUCUUUGGGAACCACUGGUGAAGGUUUCAGAACGUCACAGUUCAUUUUCUUAUUACGCCAUCAUUUCAUUUGUGAAUUUACAAUAGUGUAGCAUUCAUCAUACCCUGUUAUUCAUCAGCAUAGAGUAUUAGGUUGUCUGUCAACACUGAAUAAAAAUACUCAUAAAAAUGUUGUUGUUCUAAUAUUAAUCUCAGUUUAUUAUUAUCUUUAUACCAUAGCAGUUAUUUUAUCCACUUUUUUCUCCUCCCAUUUCACUGGGGAGCAUGAAUUUGUGAUGUGUGCGCUUCCAAGAAUUAUAGGAGAGCUGAAAGCUCAAAGAAUCUUGUCACCCCUUCCAGUAGAAUGACAAGUAGUUUCUGGAUAAUUUUAUCCGGAUAAGUGGAGUGUUUUAUUUUUUAAAGAAAAUGUAAGAAAUUGAAGGGACAAUUUAGUUCAGUCAACAUUGCUUAUUGUGUAUUGCUUUUAAGUCGUUCUUGUUGUUUUCUUUGUUGAUUACAAAUGUGCUCCUUAUUUAAAGUGUAAACCUUUUUACACCUCCUCCCGUCCAUUUGUUUGUUUUGUAAGAAGCAUUCAGCCCAUCGUGUCAUUCAUUUUCCAUUCACAUGCAUUUCAGAUGUUAUUUUCAGGCAUUUUUAAAACAUUUUUACUACACAUAAUUCAUGAUUUAUUGUGAUUCUCAUUAUUUCCAGUUGAAACACUGGUGCCAUUUUGAAAUAAUAAUUAUAUUACUGUGUACAUUAUUACUGUUGUUCUGAUUUCUAUUGAUAUUGUGAUACAUAAACUGUCAUUGUAGCCAGAACAUGAACAGAUUUUAAUAUUGCUUUAUCACACAGAUAAGGAAAAAGUUGUCUUGAGCAGCUGAAUUUUUUUAUUUGUGUGUUCUGAACACGUUUCGUAUUUAUGCUGGGCGUCUUCAGUGGUGUGAAAGUGUAUGAAGAAACUUGAAGAUUGCUGUGUACCACUACUGUUCACCACUUCCACAUCUCCCUCUGCAACUUCUGCUUGGCAAAAAACCACUUUUUUUCUAAUCUGUAUGAUAAAGCAAAUUGAAGUUGCAACUGAGGAAAAUGGCUGAAAAUAUUAACAAUAACAGAUUUUAAUUUGUACCAUUUUUGGAAACUUAUCUUUCCUUUUUUGCCAUAUUCUCGAAGUAAGAUAGACUGCCGCUAUAUACUGUUACAAAUAUAUUGAACUAAAUUUUUUUCAUAAGUAAAACUGUUUUAGUUUAAUAUGUAUAGAGAAACUAAAACACUGUAUCUUGUUUUAAAAGAUAUUAAAGUUUUGCUCAACCUUC